AUGGCUGCUACGAAUUUAAAUGAUGACUCUGUUCCUGAUGUCCCUUUGGCGUUCGUUUUUAAUUCAUAUUUAGAUGAGCUUACGGAGGACAUACGUGCGCGACCAAUUCCGUGGGAGGGUUAUCAAAAGGCUGGACUAAUUACACAAGAAGAACUUGACCUUCUGAAACGUAUUGAUAAACAAAGUCGCGAACAAUUAAGAUCAGUCAUGCAGAAGGACGCGGACAGAUAUGCUGAACUAUAUACAAGUCUCUUGGAAACAUUGAAACGAGUUGAUACAGUACAACAUAUAUUGGUCAUGACUAAUGAUAUGCUGUCCGAUGAUGAAAAACGAGCAUCGUAUUUUCACAAGUUAUCUUCUAAAAAUUCUGAUCUUCCUUAUCGUCCGUUCUUAAAAAUUUUGAACGCCGAUGAUGAGUUUAUUCAAUUGAGCUCGGCUAAAGUUUUGACUAUUUUAAUGUGCUCAGCACCUGAACCUCUUCCUUUUGAUGUUACGGAUUUUUUUAAUUGGAUCAACGUGAAACUUAAAAGCAAUAAUCUUAAUAUUUGCGAUCUGUCUGUUCAGAUAUUAGAAUCGAUUUUAAAAGUUCCAUCAUGUCGUUUUCAAUUCUGGGAGAUGCCUCAUGGCAUAGAUACAAAAUAUGAUUUGAUACCUACUUUAAUAAACAUUGCUAAAUGUGCUAUCAAAGAAAAAAUAAUUCGCAUCAUUAUCAGGACUUUCAGGAAUCUGGUAGAAAAAGCGCCAGAAGCAAACUUGCCAGCAAUGUUAGUUGCUAAAUUACUAAAUUUUUGCGAGAACUUAUCUGUUAGAAAAUGGUCCGAUAGCGAAAUUGUUGAGGAUAUAGAAUUUUUAAAAGCCCAACUUCAAGAAAAUUUCCAGAGUUUGACAACAUUUGAUGAGUACGCGUCUGAAAUUCGAUCGGGGAUGCUUCAAUGGUCUCCGCCUCAUGAAUCAGAGCAAUUCUGGAAACAAAACGUCACAAAAUUAAACGACCAAGGUCACGAACUAUUAAAAAUUUUGUCUCGCUUGCUUAGUACGUCCAGUGAUAAUACGGUCCUCGCUGUUGCUGCGCAUGAUUUGGGACAAUAUGUGAAAUACUAUCCUGAUGGAAAGAAAAUCUUACAAGAAAUUGGUGCAAAACAAAGAGUUAUGGAAUUAAUGACCCACGAAGAUCCGGAGGUUCGGUACAAUGCUUUGAUAGCCGUGCAAAAAUAUAUGUCUCAUGCUUGGUAA